UUCAUCUGGAGGCUCUGCCUCGACCUUGACAUUAUUUCCUUCCCUCGAUCGUCUUGUCUUUUUUUGAGCACACACCCCUCGGCUCGUGGUCUGGGCGUGAUUCGAUCAUGACCGGAACAAUCACCACACCGGGCGCGGGCCUGGUAUUGCUUCUUUGUCUCCAGAUUCUUCCCUUUCUGCUCCCAAUAUCCGUACAAGCCAACGAAGCGACCCCUUGCUACGCCCCCAACACCGAGCGCUUGGACGACAGAUUCAUGCCAUGCAUCUCUAUGGAGGGCAUGGACUCCAUGUGCUGCCGGCUCAACGAUCACGACCCGGACAUCUGCAAACCAAACGGUCUCUGCUACUGGGAGAAUGUAGACGGGGGCGGCAGAAAUGGAUGGUAUAGGGGCCUCUGCACAAGUCAGGACUGGGAUACGCCGAACUGUUUACCGAAGACCAUCUGCGCUGAUGACGAUGCCGGCGGGAAUUCAAGCUACACAUCCCAGCUGAAUGACUGUGAAAACGGGAAUUAUUGCUGCGGGAGCAACAGCACCUGCUGCACCGACGAUAAGAUGUUCACCCUCAGCCCGACCUUAGUCCCGAUCGGAUCUUCUGCGAGCUCCAGUGCCGCCGCGACCGUAACAGCGACCGUCUCGGGGAAGGCAGAUUCGUCUACAAAGACUGCGAUCGGGCUCGGGGUGGGUAUACCACUAGGUGUGCUUGCGAUCGUGGGCGCAGGGGGCGGAUUUCUAUGGGGGCGACGGAGCAUGAAGGCAAAAUAUGCGCGGAUUCAGAACCAGGGGGUUAAUAUGCCCCUGGGCGUGUUUGGUGGAGGGGCCAUGGACCAGGCGGAUUCGAAAUCUGUUCAUGAGGCCGAUGUUGUGCAGCCGAGGCCGCAACCUUUGGAGCUUCCUGCUGGGAGGGAUGAUCGUUGAGGAGACACGUAUAUACAAAUUUUAGUAAUUCUAGACCACUAAAUGAGAGUCGAAUAUACAGACACGAUGGGCAUGAUCGAAUGGAGGGAGACAGGAGAUGCGGCUCAGGGGCAGCGCCAGCAAGACAGCCUUACUCCUCCAGCAAGGGAACUGCGGAUCAUGGGCAAUUACAUGCCUCUCUGGUAACCAGACUGAUGAGCAAUCUGAUGCGGGCGAAGUUGGAAUAUUUUUAUUCUUCUUAAACGAUAUUAACUUAACUUCUUUUGAACUUUUC